AUGGCGAUUGUCGACUGGUUCAGUCGAAAGGUGGGCCGCCAGGGCGCCGACGAGGUGGACUGUGUCCCCAAAGUCCUCGAGCCCAAGAUCAUCUCCCUGCCUGGGUCUGGGUCGUCGACGGAGCGGUCGACGCCGUUGGACACCCCGAAGGUUGAGCUGGACUCUCCCUUUGACAGCCAGGAUACUCUCACCCUCGAAAAGAGACCCGAAUUCGGCCGUCUCGCUUCCUGGAGAGGAGCUUUGAUCUUGCUGGUGACGUCCGGAUCGCAGUUCCUGGAUAAUGUCUUUAUGACCAGCUCCAACAUCGCCUUGUCCUCGAUCCAGGAGGAGUUUAACGUCUCCAGUAGCAACCUGCAAUGGAUGAUCUCCGCUUAUACAUUGGCGUUCGGCGGGUUUCUACUCCUGGCUGGUGCUUUGUCUGAUCGGUAUGGGAGGAAGUUCAUCCUCUGCCUCGGUCUGUUCUGGCUGUCGGUGUGGACCUUGGCCAUUGGCUUCGGACAGUCCUUUAUCCAGCUCACCAUCUUCCGUGGCCUGCAGGGCGUUGGUGCAGCCUUGACCGUCCCGUCUGCCAUUGGCAUCAUCAGUUCCUACUUCACUGGAACUGACAGGACCCGGGGACUGUCAAUUUAUGCCGCAUCUGGGACGCUGGGAUUCUGCGCUGGCUUGAUCUUUGGCGGUUUCCUGACGUCGUCUCUGGGCUGGCGAUAUAUUUUCUACCUGAUCGUCAUCAUCACGGGCUCAUUAGGUAUUCUCGGAUUCAUCGUGCUGCCAAAGUCCGUAACCACUGAGAAAACCAACGGGCGCAUGGACUACUUUGGCGCGAUCCUCUCAACCGCCGGCCUUAUCCUGCUGCAAUUUGUGCUCUCCGGCGGUGGUGUCUAUGGUUGGAGCCAGCCGUUCAUCAUUGUUCUGCUGAUUCUUACCGUUGCCAUUCUCGUGGGAUUUGUUCUCCUGGAGAAGUUCAUCGGCAACCCGAUCAUGCCGCUUUCCUUGUGGAAGAUCCAGAACUUUGCCGGUCUCUGGAUUGCAGGAUUCACCGGUUACGGAAGCUACCAGAACGUCAUUUACUACAUCGUCCUGAUGGCGCAACAGGUCGAUAAGCUGUCCGCGGGCGACACGGCUCUUCGAUUCCUGCCCAUGGGGGCCAUCGGGUUCGUGGUAUCCCUGGGAACUGGAAAGGCGCUCGAGUACAUGAACGGGAAGUACUGUCUUCUCGCGGGGAUGGUCCUCACCAUGGUGGCGCCUAUCCCGAGCGCAAUAACCGCCAGUCCGGAGACUAGUUUGUGA